AUGAACGCGACGUUGGUAGUACUGAUCGUUCUCUGCGUCUUCGCAACAACAAUUAUGUCAGCUCCAACGGAUGACGAAAUAGAUUUCAAUGGUCAUAUAAGAAGGGAUAAAAGAACAUUGAAACAACUUCCAGCUGGUUUGUUAGAACCCAUACUACCCUUAGUUAAAGCAAUAGUGCCAGAACCUCUUUUAGGAAAGAUAACAAUGUUACUUCCGCUUCCGGCUCCUUCUGAUGCAAAAUCCGAAUGA